UAAGAAGUGUCUCUUUUGGACUUUUAUGUGAGGAAAAUGUCAGAUUUGGCUAAUGAAUUCAACUUGGAGCAGUAGGCCUAAUGUUGAAGUUGCUGGCCGUUCCUAAAGGCUUGUGAGAAGACAAGUUCCUAAACAUGGCAUUGAAUAGAAUUCAAUUGGUAAAAGGGCUAGAAGAUGUGACGCUGUGUGAGAAAGAAGCCUGUACAUUUGAUGUGGUCCUCAGUCAUGCGUACGUCCAGGGUCAAUGGAGCAGGGAUGGAGUCCCACUUAAAUCCAGGCCUGUGUGUCGAAUUGCCACGCAGGGCAAAAAACACACACUCACACUCACGCGCGUCACGGUUGCUGACAUGGGUGUCAUCAGUUUCAAGGCUGAAGGGAUUGAAAGCUCUGCUAUGCUGACAGUCACAGCCAGGAAUAUAAAGAUUGUGAAGACUCUUCAGAAUGUCAGUGUGACCGAGAGGGAGAGUGUGACAUUUAUCUGUGAGGUCAACUGGGAAGAUGUGGAUGGGAAGUGGUACAAGGAUGACAGCCGGUUGAGAGCUGGGGACAAUGUUAAAAUAAGAUGUGAGGGUAAAAUACACUCCCUAACCUACAAAUCAGUCAAACCAGAAGAUGCUGGUGAGAUCAGAUUCACUGCUGAGAGGGUCUCUUCAACAGCAACACUAGGAGUCAAAGAGCUUCCAGUUCAUAUUGUGAAGCCCCUGAGAGUGAAGAUUGCCAUGUACAAACAUCGUGCCUUGCUGGAGUGCCAGGUCUCUCGUGCCAAUGCUGCAGUUAAAUGGUACAGAAGAAAUCAUGAAAUUGUGCCAAAUAGGAAGUACCAAACUAUCAGUGAAGGCGUGUACCGACAACUUAUCAUAGAUGAUGUGGGAUCCUCAGAUGAAGACACCUUUAUCUGUGAUGCUGUCGAUGACAGGACUUCCUGCCAACUGUUUGUAGAGGAGCAGGCCAUCAGCAUUUUGAAAGGACUCAGUUCUGUGGAGGUCAUGGAGCCUAAAGAGGCUCGUUUUAAAGUGGAAACAAGUAUUAAGUUAGAGAGGGCACCGAAAUGGACCCUGAAUGGGCAGAUACUAUGUCCCUGUCCAGAAAUCAGGAUUGAGAGGCAAGGAACCUCGAACAGACUCAUAUUGACUCAAACCGACAGUAGUAUGUGUGGCACUGUGCAGUUCACCUCGGGGAAGAGCAAGUCAGAAGCUCAACUCACAGUUACAGUGAAUAGAAUUCAAUUGGUAAAAGGGCUAGAAGAUGUGACGCUGUGUGAGAAAGAAGCCUGUACAUUUGAUGUGGUCCUCAGUCAUGCGUACGUCCAGGGUCAAUGGAGCAGGGAUGGAGUCCCACUUAAAUCCAGGCCUGUGUGUCGAAUUGCCACGCAGGGCAAAAAACACACACUCACACUCACGCGCGUCACGGUUGCUGACAUGGGUGUCAUCAGUUUCAAGGCUGAAGGGAUUGAAAGCUCUGCUAUGCUGACAGUCACAGCCAGGAAUAUAAAGAUUGUGAAGACUCUUCAGAAUGUCAGUGUGACCGAGAGGGAGAGUGUGACAUUUAUCUGUGAGGUCAACUGGGAAGAUGUGGAUGGGAAGUGGUACAAGGAUGACAGCCGGUUGAGAGCUGGGGACAAUGUUAAAAUAAGAUGUGAGGGUAAAAUACACUCCCUAACCUACAAAUCAGUCAAACCAGAAGAUGCUGGUGAGAUCAGAUUCACUGCUGAGAGGGUCUCUUCAACAGCAACACUAGGAGUCAAAGAGCUUCCAGUUCAUAUUGUGAAGCCCCUGAGAGUGAAGAUUGCCAUGUACAAACAUCGUGCCUUGCUGGAGUGCCAGGUCUCUCGUGCCAAUGCUGCAGUUAAAUGGUACAGAAGAAAUCAUGAAAUUGUGCCAAAUAGGAAGUACCAAACUAUCAGUGAAGGCGUGUACCGACAACUUAUCAUAGAUGAUGUGGGAUCCUCAGAUGAAGACACCUUUAUCUGUGAUGCUGUCGAUGACAGGACUUCCUGCCAACUGUUUGUAGAGGAGCAGGCCAUCAGCAUUUUGAAAGGACUCAGUUCUGUGGAGGUCAUGGAGCCUAAAGAGGCUCGUUUUAAAGUGGAAACAAGUAUUAAGUUAGAGAGGGCACCGAAAUGGACCCUGAAUGGGCAGAUACUAUGUCCCUGUCCAGAAAUCAGGAUUGAGAGGCAAGGAACCUCGAACAGACUCAUAUUGACUCAAACCGACAGUAGUAUGUGUGGCACUGUGCAGUUCACCUCGGGGAAGAGCAAGUCAGAAGCUCAACUCACAGUUACAGAGCGCCCUUUGAUUGUCAAACAACCCAUUUCUGAUGUGGAGGUGAAGGAGAACGGGUCAGUUGCUCUCAGCUGUGAGUUCUGUCCAUCCCCCAGAAUGGUGCGCUGGUUCAAGGGUAGAACCUCCCUGUUUGCUUCCAAUAAGUACACAAUGAAGUGGGAAAAGAACCGGGUUGAGAUGACCAUCAUGGGUGUGAAAGCAGCAGAUUCAGGAGAGUAUCGCUGUCUGGCUGGUGGCUCAGAGACAAGAGGAAGAGUCAGUGUGGAAGUGAAAAGGUUGAAGAUCAUAAGACACUUAGAGCAAGUAGAGGUCGAGGAGGAUGGAACUGCAGUGUUCAGCUGUGAACUGAAUCACGAGUCACCCAGUGUCCAGUGGCUGCUCAAUGACCGAGUCCUAUACACCAACCACAUCAACAAAAUCCAGAAUUCUGGAAAAGUGUACAGUCUGAUUUUAAAACGACUAGCUCCUCAAGAGAGCCGUGUAACAUUCAAAACUUUUGAUAUCAGCGAGUCUGCGUUUCUCAGGGUCAGAGAGAAGCCAGCAGUGUUUCUCAGGUCACUGGAGGACGUAGCAGGUGAGGAACGUGGUGAAAUCCUUUUGCAGUGUGACGUUUCCAAGCCAUCAGUGAAACCUGUCUGGAGGAAAGAUGGUGAAAUUCUGACCGCCAAUGAGAAGUAUGAGAUUCUCCAUGUGGGAAAGUCAUUGACUCUUAUAAUUCGCAAGUUGAGAAAGGACGACAGAGGAGAGUACAGUUGUGAUAUUGGCUGCAGCCAAACUAAAGCGAAAGUCAUAGUUCGUGACCUGCACAUUACCAUUGUCAAACGCAUACGGACAACAACUGUGCUGGAAGGGGAAAGCUGCAGCUUUCAGUGUGUCCUGUCCCAUGAUAUCAUUGAUGAAGCAUCGUGGAUUUUGAAUGGCCAACUGAUUGUAAGCAAUGGACAGAUCAUAGUCGCUAACAAAGGGUGCAAAUACACAAUGAGCAUUCAGGAAGUUACAAUAUCUGAUGCCGGCGAAGUGGUCUUUACCAUUAAAGAGCUCAGCUGCAGGACUAUGCUGUUUGUGAAAGAGAAACCUGUGAGAGUUUUUAGGGAUAUGCUAAAUGUUAAAGCAACACCUGGUGAAGAUCCACAGCUCAGCUGUGAGAUCACGAAACCCGAUGCAACAGUUAAAUGGCUGAAAAAUGGGCGGCUAAUUAGAGUCAGCCCAAAAUAUGAAAUUACCCAAAAUAAUUAUCUGGUGAAGCUCAUCAUCCAUAAUGCAGCUAUAAUGGACUCAGGAGAGUACUGCUGUGAGGCUGAUGGGAUUGCUACAAGGGCGAGAUUAGAUGUCAGAGACUUGCAACAUACAUUUGCAAAGGAACUGAAGGAUAUGCGUGCAGAGGAAAAGGGUAUGGUGACCAUGGAGUGUGAAACCAGGAGGCCUGCCGCUAUUGUGACCUGGUUAAAAGGCCUAAUGGUGCUCAGCUCGGGACAGAAGUACAUGAUGAAGAAGAAAGAUGUUGUCCUCACUCUGACCAUCUUCAAUCUGGAGAAAAGUGACUGUGCUGUCUACACCUGUGAUGUUGGGACAAUGCAGAGCAGGGCUUUACUUACAAUUCAAGGUCAAAAAGUGGUCAUUGUGGAUGAACUAGAAGAUAAAGAGUGUCUAGAAGGAGAUACCAUCACCUUUAAGUGUCGGAUCUGCCCAAGUGACUACACUGAUGUCAAAUGGUACCUGGAUGAGACCUUGCUCUACACUAAUGAUCUUAAUGAGAUCAAGAUGAUACCUGGUGGAUACCACACUCUUACCUUCAAACAGCUUGCACGUAAAGACACCGGCACCAUCUCCUUCGAGGCUGGGGACAAAAGAUCAUACGCAUCACUAUUAGUUAGAGAGAGACGCCCCACGAUAACUAAAGCAUUGGAAGACACAGAAGCAAUCGAAGGAGGAAGUUUGGUGCUGUUAUGCAAGACCUCAAAGCCAUGUCAUAUUGUUUGGUACAAAGAUGGCUGUUUAAUCUGGAAUUCCUCAAAGUACUUAGUGAGUCGAUCGGGAAAUGAGGCCAGGCUGGCCAUCCGUGAUGUGAAAGACAGUGACGCAGGGGUGUAUGAGUGCGAUGCAGGAUCUGUCAGCACUAAAGCCACCGUGACUGUUAAAGUUAUUCCUGCUGAGUUUACAAAAGCGCUUCAGAACCAAGAGGUCAAAGAGGGAGAGAGUGUAACGCUGAUGUGCGAAUACUCUAUACCCGGGGUCCAGUUUGUGUGGCGCAAAGGACCCGAGACGCUAAAAUCUAGUGAGAAGUACCACAUGAGGCAGAGGAAAUCUUGCAUUUCUCUUAUAAUACACAAUCUGAAGCCAGAAGAUUCAGGGAAUUACACAUGCAUUUGCAGAGACCAAAGAACUAUGGCUACUCUUACAGUCAAUGCGGUUCCUAUAUCAUUUAUUAAAGAGCUCAAGAACCAAGAGACAGAUGAAGGUAAAAAUGUGAUAUUACGCUGUGAGCUUUCUAAAGCUGGAAUCCCAGUGGAAUGGUUGAAAGGUGAACAAACUCUCUUGCCUGGGGAGAAGUAUCAGAUGAGGCACAUAGUCACCAUACUAGAGCUGGUAAUCAGAAGUCCAGUUCCUGAGGACAGUGGAACAUACAUCUGUGUGUGUGAGGAUCAAAGGACCAAAGCCAUUGUCAAAAUACGAACUCAACCUAUCACGUUCAAACAGAAGUUAAGAAAUCAAAUGGCUGAAGAGGGAAACAGUAUAAUCUUACACUGCGAGAUAUCCAAACCAGACACCCCUGUCCAGUGGAGAAAAGGAAGCAACCUUCUCAGGUCUGGGGAGAAGUACAAAAUCAGGCAGAGAGGCUGCAUGCUAGAGCUGAAGAUUUUUAAUUUGACGCAAGAUGAUAGCGGAGUCUAUAGCUGUACGAGCGAAACUGCUGAGACAUCAGCCAACAUCACGGUUAGCGCUCAACCUGUUACUUUUAAAGAGAAGCUGAAAAACCUGGUAGCCGAGGAAGGGAAGAUGAUAACAUUGCACUGUGAGCUUUCUAAAACCGGUGUCCCAGUAGAAUGGUGGAAUGGAGAGGAACUGCUCCAGCCUGGAGAGAAGUAUAAGAUGAGAGAACGAGACACAUCAGUUGAGCUGAUCAUCUGUGAGGCCAUGCCUGAAGACAGUGGAGUCUACAGAUGUGUCUGUGGAGACCAAAAGACCAAAGCUACAGUCAAAAUUGUUGGUGCUCCUGCUAGUUUUAAGCAAAACCUUAAGAACCAAGAAGCUCUGGAAGGCAAAUCUAUAACCCUUCACUGUGAGCUUUCCAAAACUGGAGUACCUGUGGAAUGGUGGAGAGGAGAUAAACCGCUCCUUCCAGGGCCACAGUACCAGAUGAGGCUGGAUGGAAAGACUGCAGAGUUGGAAAUAACUAAUGUUUUCCCUGAUGAUGCUGGGAUAUACAGCUGUGUGACUGGAAGCCAAAAGACCACAGCUGAAGUGAAAGUCAAACCCCUUCCAAUUACUUUCAAACGAGAGCUUCAGAAUCAGAUAUCUACGGAGGGUGAGAGUGCAGUAUUUACCUGUGAACUUUCAAAGCCUGGUGCUCCAGUUGAGUGGAGGAAAGGUAGAGUGAUGCUGAAAAGCGGAGCCAAAUAUCAUAUGACGCUUGAGGGGCGAUUAACCAAACUGCUGAUAAAUAAUCUUGUUGAGGGUGAUGCGGGAAAUUACACCUGCAAAGCCAAAGAUUCACAAUCGACAGCCGAAUUGACAGUUCAAGGACUCCCUGCUAACUUUAAAACAAAUUUGAAGAACCAAGAAACUCAGGAGGGGAACAGUGUCAAUCUGCACUGUGAACUUUCUAAGGCUGGAGUUCGAGUAGAGUGGUGGAAAGGAGAAGAACUGCUCAAGACUGGAGAAAAAUAUCAGUUGAGACAGAAAGAAGCAACAGUAGAGUUGUUAAUAAGGAAGGCACAACCAGAAGACAGUGGAGUGUAUCGCUGCAUAUGUGGAGAUCAAAAGACUGAAGCUACCAUCAAAGUUAAUGCUCUCCCCAUCACUUUCAAACAAGAACUUAAGAAUCAAGAGGGUGAAGAAGGGAACAACAUCACAUUGCGCUGUGAACUCUCUAAGGCCAGUGCUGAUGUGAAGUGGUUGAAGGAAGAGGAAGUCCUAAAGCAUGGAGAAAAGUUUCAGUUGAGACAGAUAGCAACUAAAAUGGAGCUCGUUAUCAGAAAAGCCAUACCUGAAGACAGUGGAGUCUACUUUUGUGUAUGCCCUGAUCAGACAUCCAUAGCUACAGUUAAAAUCAAUGCUCUCCCGAUCACUUUCAAACAAAACUUGAGAAAUCAAGAAGCGGUGGAAGGCAACACAGUUGCUUUCCAUUGUGAGCUUUCCAAACCGGGAGCUAUGGUGAAAUGGUGGAGGGGUGAAGAGUUGCUGCAGGUUGGAGAAAAGUACCAGAUGAGGACUGAAGGACGGAUUGCUGAACUUCUCAUUAAAAAUGUAAACUCUGAAGAUGUCGGCUUCUACAGCUGCAUUACCGGAAAGGAAAAAACGACAGCGGAGGUCAAAGUUAGGGCUCUACCUGUCACUUUUAAACGAGAACUUCAAAACGAAGUAACCAAAGAAGGUGGGCAAGCUGUGUUUAGCUGUGAGCUCUCUAAACCCGGUGCUCAAGUCGACUGGAGAAAAGGAAGAGUUAUUCUCAAGCCUGAUGACAAAUAUGAAAUGAAGCAAGAGGGUACAUUCACCAAACUGGUCAUACGUAAUGUUGAAGCAAGUGAUGCUGGGAACUAUUCGUGUAAAACCAAGGAUUCUGAGUCAACUGCUGAGCUAACCGUGAAGGUUCCACCUAUCACUUUUAAAGUCAAGUUGAAAAAUCAGGAAGUUGAAGAAGAAAAUAAACUCGUGUUGCACUGUGAGCUUUCAAAAGCUGGAUGUCCUGUUGAAUGGAGGAAGGGGGAAGAGCUUCUUAGGUCAGGGUAUAAAUAUCAAAUCCGAGAACAUGAUGUUACAAGGGAGCUGAUCAUCACAAAGGCCAUGCCUGAAGACAGUGGAGUCUACAGCUGCAUUUGUGGGGAGCAGAAGACCAAAGCCACGAUCCGAGUAUUCGCCACACCAGUAACGUUCAAACAAAACCUGAAGAACCAAGAGGCUCCUGAGGGAGGUGUUGUUAUUCUGCAUUGUGAGCUGUCCAAAGCUGGGGUACCAGUAGCAUGGUUAAAAGGGGACGAGGAGCUCUGCAAUGGGACUAGAUACAAGAUCAAGCAGGAGGGAUUGGUUGCCGAAUUACACAUUAAAAACGUUCUUCCCAUGGAUGUUGGGGAAUACAGCUGCAUUGUUGGAGACCAGAAGACUACAGCUGAAGUUAAUGUUAGGGCUGCUGCCUCUGUGUUCUUUGAGAAAGAGCUUGAGAGUCAAGAAGCAAUGGAGGGGGAUUCUGUCCUGUUUCGUUGUUUGCUCUCUAGCGAUAAUGCCCCAGUGACUUGGAGAAAAGAUGCAAAUCAGAUCACACAGGGUGGGCGAUAUACCCUCCACCGUAAAGGUUCAACUCAGGAGCUUGAAAUCAGGAAACUGAGAGUGCAGGAUGCUGCCGUGUACUCAUGCAGUGUCAGAGGCAAGAACACCUCUGCGACCCUCAGAGUGAUGGAGCGUGUGAGGAUUGUGAAAGGACUGCGUGACUUGACAGUUACUGCAGGCGAGAGCGCACACUUUGUGUGCGAGCUUUCACAUGAGAACAUCCUUGACGGGAUUUGGUGGCUUGGUUCCAAUGAACUUCAGGAGAACGAGAUGAACCAGAUGAGUAUCUGUGGUCGAGAACAUCACUUAGUGCUCACUAUGACCACAACCGAAGAGUCAGGUGAUGUGUCCUUUGAGGUGGGAAAUGAAAAGACCUCUGCUCGUCUUCGCGUGAACAGCAAACCUGCAGUUUUCAUAGAGGAAAGACUGAAGGACAUGAUCAUUUUUGAGGGAGAUUCUGCCACCCUAUCCUGUGUGACUUCUGACACCUGCACACCUGUCACCUGGAAACGAAAUAAUGUAACCCUGCUCUCUGGGGAAAAGUAUGAACCUCUGAAACACGGGAAACGUAAUGUUCUUCUGAUUCAUAAAGUCAGAAAAGAGGAUGCUGGGAUUUACAUGUGCGAUACAGGAGACAUGCAGAGUAGUGCUACUCUUACAGUCAAAGAACGUCCUUUGUUUUUCUGCCGGGAGCUCCAAAACCAAGAAGCAGAAGAAGGUGAGACUACUUUCUUGUGCUGUGAAUUGUCUCAACCUGGAGUUGCAGUUGAGUGGAAGAAGGGAGCAGUUCUUCUUAGGCCUGGUAACAAAUAUGAGAUGAAACAGGAUGGAUGUGAGCUGCAGCUACAGAUCAAUGACCUCACAAGUCAAGACAGUGGGGCCUACAGGUGUUGUGCCGAUGGCAUUGAGACAAGGGCUAGUAUUACUGUAAAAGAAUGUCCUUUAUUUUUCCAUGAAGAGCUCCAAAACCAAGAAGCAGAAGAAGGUGAAUCAGCGUUCCUGUGCUGUGAGCUCUCUAAACCUGGAGUAGCAGUACAGUGGAAAAAGGGGGCAAUGCUGCUGAAGAAUGGACAGAAGUAUGAGAUGAUGCAAGAGGGCAAUGAAGUACAACUUCAGAUCCAUGAUCUCACAAGUCAAGAUAGUGGUACCUACAGAUGUUGUGCUGGCAACAUAGAGACACGGGCUAAUAUUAUUGUUAAAGAGCAACCUCUUUUCUUCUGUGAGGAACUCCAUAACCAGGAAGCAGAGGAGGGCGAGACAGCCUUCCUUUGCUGUGAGCUCUCUAAACCUGGAGUUGAAGUGCAGUGGAAGAAGGGAGCAAUACGAUUGAGACCGGGAGACAAAUAUGAGAUGAAACAAGAUGGCUGCAAAGUACAGCUACAGAUCCAUGACCUGACACGUCAGGAUAGUGGCACAUACAAGUGCUGCUCUGGAAGCCUGGUUACCACAGCAUCCAUUGUAGUCAAAGAACAUCCUUUGUACUUCAUCAAGAUGCUUGAGUGUCAAGAAGCAGAAGAGGGCAAAACUGCCUUCCUUUGCUGUGAGCUUUCCAAACCUGGGGCUGCCGUACAGUGGAAGAAGGGAUCUGUGCUGCUAAAGCCUGGAAGGAAGUAUGAAAUAAAGCAGAAUGGUAGUGAACUGCAGCUUCAGAUCCAUGAGCUCACAAGCCAAGACAAUUGUGUCUACACAUGCUGUGUUGGUAGUCUAGUGACUUCAGCUUCUCUGGAAGUGAAAGAACAACCUCUGUUUUUCUGUGAGGAGCUCCAAAAGCAAGAAGUAGAAGAGGGUGAGACUGCCAUACUGAGCUGUGAGCUCUCUAAACCUGGAGUGGAAGUGCAGUGGAGGAAGGGAAUUGUUUUGCUUCGACCAGGAAACAAAUAUGAGAUGAAGCAAGAUGGCUGUAAAUUACAGCUUCUGAUACAUGAGCUCAACAGUCAGGACAGUGGUGUCUACAAAUGUUGUGCUGGUAGCUUGGUGACCACAGCAGCUAUCGAUGUGAAAGAAUCACCAGUUGUCUUCCAAGAGGAGCUCCAAAGCCUUGAAGCAGAGGAAGGUGAGACGGCCACCCUGACCUGUGAGCUCUCUAAACCUGGAGUUGCUGUGCAGUGGAAGAAGGCAACAAUGUUGCUAAAGCCAGGCAACAAGUAUGCGAUGAAACAAGAUGGCUGUCUGCAACAGCUUCAAAUAUAUGACCUGAAACAUGAAGAUAGUGGCUCGUAUAAAUGUUGUGCUGGCAGUCUGGUGACAACUGCUUCACUUGUGGUAAAGGAACAUCCCUUGUUCUUUUCCAAGGAGCUCCAAAACCAAGAAGCAGAAGAGGGUAGGACAGCAAUAUUUUGCUCUGAGCUCUCUAAACCUGGAGUUUCUGUGCAGUGGAAGAAGGGAACAGUGUUGCUGAAGCCUAGUAGAAAAUAUGAGAUUAAAGAGGAUGGUUGUCAACUACAGCUUCAGAUACAUGAGCUAACAGUCCAGGACAGUGGGGCCUACAAAUGUUGUGCUGGUAGCCUGGUCACAACUGGAUCUCUUGUGAUAAAAGAAAAACCAUUGUACUUCUCGGAUGAGCUCCAAAACCAUAAAGCAGAGGAGGGUAAGACAGCCAUAUUGUGCUGCGAGCUCUCUACACCUGGAGUUUCAGUGCAGUGGAAAAAGGGAACAGUGCUUUUGAAGCCUAGUAACAAAUAUGAGAUUAAAGAGGUUGGCCGCAAACUACAGCUUCAGAUCCAUGAGCUAACAGCUCAGGACAGUGGGGCCUACAAAUGUUGUGCUAGGAACCUGGUCACAACUGCUUCUCUUGUAAUAACAGAAAAGCCAUUGUUCUUCUCUGAGGAGCUCCAAAACCAAGAAGCAGAGGAGGGUAACACAGUCACAUUGCACUGUGAGCUCUCUAAACCUGGAGUUUCAGUGCAAUGGAAGAAGGGAACAGUUUUGUUGAAGGCUAGUAAAAAAUAUGAGAUAAAACAGGAUGGCCGUGAACUACAGCUUCAGAUCAAUGAGCUAACAGCUCAAGACAGUGGGGCCUACAAAUGUUGUGUUGGGAACCUUGUCACAACUGCUUCUCUUGUGGUUAAAGAACAGCCAUUGUUCUUCUCUGAGGAGCUCCAAAACCAAGAAGCAGAGGAGGGUAACACAGUCACAUUGCACUGUGAGCUCUCUAAACCUGGAGUUUCAGUGCAGUGGAAAAAGGGAACAGUGCUUUUAAAGCCUAGUAAAAAAUAUGAAAUUAAACAGGAUGGCCAGCAGCUACAGCUUCAGAUCCAUGAGCUAACAACUCAGGACCGUGGGGCCUACAAAUGUUGUGUUGGGAGCCUUGUCACAACUGCUUCUCUUGUGGUAAAAGAACAUCCCUUGUUCUUCUCUGAGGAGCUCCAAAACCAAGAAGCAGAGGAGGGUAAGACAGUCACAUUGUGCUGUGUGCUCUCUAAACCUGGAGUUUCAGUGCAGUGGAAGAAGGGGACAGUGCUUUUGAAGCCUAGUAAAAAAUAUGGGAUAAAACAGGAUGGCCGUCAGCUACAGCUUCAGAUCCAUGAGCUAACAGUCCAGGACAGUGGGGACUACAAAUGUUGUUUUGGAAACCUGGUCACAACUGCUUCUUUUGUGGUAAAAGAAAAGCCAUUGUUCUUCUCUGAUGAGCUCCAAAACCAAGAAGCAGAGGAGAGUAAGACAGCCAUAUUGUACUGUGUGCUCUCUAAACCUGGAGUUUCAGUGCAUUGGAAGAAGGGAACAGUGCUUUUGAAACCUAGUAAAAAAUAUGAGAUAAAACAGGAUGGCCGUCGACUACAGCUCUGUAUCCAUGAGCUAACAACUCAAGACAGUGGGGCCUACAAAUGUUGUGUCGGAAGCCUUGUGACUACUUGCUCUGUUACAGUGAAUGAGCAACCAAUAUUCUUCUGCAAGAACCUCCAAAGCCUUGAAGCAGAGGAAGGUGAGACAGUCACCCUGACCUGUGAGCUCUCUAAACCUGGAGUUGCUGUGCAGUGGAAGAAGGGAAUAGUUUUGCUAAAACCUGGAAACAAGUAUGAAAUGAAACAAGAUGGCUGUGUGCUACAACUCCAGAUACGUGACCUGAAAAGUGAUGAUAGUGGCUCUUAUAAAUGUUGUACUGGUAGUAUGGUGACAACUGCUUCUCUUGUGGUAAAGGAACAUCCCUUGUUCUUCUCUAAGGAGCUCCAAAACCAAGAAGCAGAGGAGGGUAAGACAGUCACAUUUCACUGUGAGCUCUCUAAACCUGGAGUUUCUGUGCAGUGGAAGAAGGGAGCAGUAAUACUUAAACCAGGUAAAAAAUAUGAGAUUAAACAGGAUUGCCACCAACUACAGCUUCAAAUCCAUGAAGUAACAGCUCAGGACAGUGGGGUCUACAAAUGCUGUGCUGGAAGCCUGGCAACUAAUGGUUCAGUUAAAGUGACAGGGCAACCUGUAUUCUUCUGCAAGAACCUUCAAAACCUUGAAUCUGAAGAAGGUGAAACUGCAUUCCUGAAAUGUGAGCUCUCAAAACCUGGAGUUGCCGUGCAGUGGAAAAAGGGAUCAGUGUUGCUAAAACCAGGAAACAAGUAUGAGAUGAAACAGAAUGGCUCUGAAUUACACCUUCAAAUCCAUGAUUUAAAAUGUCAGGACAGUGGUGUCUACAAAUGCUGUGCUGCUAGGAUGGAGACAACAGCUUCUGUUGUUGUAAAAGAAGCUCCACCUAAAAUUAAAGACAUCCCUCAAGCCCCACCAAGAAUAAAAGGAAAAAACAUUAUGGAAGAAACACACAGUGGUUUAGUCCAUAAGAAACAAGCUGCAGUCAUUGAGGAAUCAGACGUCUCUAUCUUAGAGCCAUCAGAAGUUAACUUCCAGGAUCUCUGUGAGAAACUGACAGAUGACCAGGAAGUCAAGAGAAAAUCAUUGGUGAGACAAAAGGGAAAAGAUGUGAGUUCCAAAAUGGUUAUCAAUGAGUCUAGUUGCACCAUGGGAGAACCUGAAAUUCCUUCUCUUGCAACAAAUGUACCUGAAGAACAAAGAAAAAAGGAGUUGGACACAGAUUCCAAAUGGGUUACUAAGAUUUCUGUGGACCAGCAAAAUGAAGAGAUCUCAGGGCAAGUUCAAAAGAAAACUCCAAGCAUAGAUACAAAUGAACAGAGCAAGGAACCACCCAGAGACGUUCCCCUGCCUCCACCGCGGUCAAAGGGUAAGACAACACAUCCAGAUGAUUCACUCCAAGACCAGCACAGUGUUAAAGAGCCAACUCUUGACAAGAGAGGCAAGGAACAAGAUGUUGUCAUUGAGGCUACUGUGGAGACCACAAAGGCAUCAAAGCAUGUUGACCUAACAGUGUCACUCCCUAAAGAGAAUGUGUCCCAGCUACAUGUUGAAACCAAAAGGCAGCCCUUUGUUUUGGAAGCAAAGAUCCAAGAUAUGGACAUAAAACAAACUGUGAAUACCACUUUGAAGAAAUCAGAACAUGGCUUAAAUACCCCAGUCUUCAAAGAGAUACCAGCGAAACACAUUGAAUCAUCUAAGGAACAACCAUGUCAUUUAGAAAGAAAUAAUCAGUAUAUCAAACAGAAAUCAACUGUAAACAAGGAACCAAAGAAAGAGCAAAUUGUGAACAAGGAAACAGAGUUGGAAGAAUUUGCCCUGCAUACAAAUAAAAAGAAGGAACCAAAACAGAAAUCACUGGAUAAGAAUGCAGCAUAUGAAAAUCAAAAUAUCCAAUCUGAAAAGAGAUCAGAAAUUGAAAAGGUUCAAUCCAUGAAUGAACAUCAUGGUACCAUAACACCAAGUAUUGCAAUUACAAGCCAGAAACCCAAAGAACAAAUCCUUUGUGCACAAAGAGACACCACAAUGCCCGUUAGAGAUGUGCAGAAGGAAUUACAGGCAGGUGAACAGAAUUUACCACACAUUGAUAGUGGAGAACUGAAACAUGUCAAGCAGGCUGUGGAUGAACAUCAUGGAAAAGUACCAAAGCAUGUUACCGGAAAAGCAACAAAUAUUGCAAUUGCAAGCCAAUUUAAAGAAGAAAUCAUUCCUGCAGAGAAAGCUACAACAAUGUCCAUUAGGGAUGUGCAAAGGGAUUCACAGGAAGUGGAACCAAACUUACUACACAUUGAUAGCGGAGAGGAGAAAAAUGUGAAGCAGGUCAUAGAUGAACAUAACGUAAAAGUACCAAAGCAUGUUAAGGAAAAGGCACCAAGCAUUACAAGACAGCAGUUAAGAGACCAAAUAAUUCCUGCAGAGAAAGCUAUAACAAUAUCUUUUAGGGAAGUGCAGAAGGCAUCACAGGAAGUUGAACCAAACUUGCCACACAUGGACAAUAAAGAUCAGAAAAAUGUGAAGGAGGCUGUCCUUGAAGGACAGAAGGAAGAUGUUUCCAGAGGAUCGAACACUCAACCUGAGGAGAUGAUGCCAGAGCAGAUCACAAGUGUGGAUUCUGACAAACAGAAGAGUUUAAAAGCAGAACAAGGUGGUCCUGGUAUAGACAUAGACUUUGAAGAUGAGCCAGAGAUGCUUGAGGCUGCGAUUAAAAUACAAGCUGCUUUCAAGGGCUACAAAACUAGAAAGGACAUGCGGCUCAUCUUUAAAGAAGUGUUCAAGAACCAGAAUAUUGAUCUUGGUGGCACUGCAUUCCUAGAGUGUGUUGUGGAAGGUAAAAUAAGCACUGUGCGUUGGCUUAAAGAUGGAGUAGAUCUCAAGCCUGGGGAAAGGCACAAAAUCAUCCAUAAUGCCUAUGGUAGGUGUCUUCUAGAAAUUUCCAGCUUUACAAACAAAGAUGCUGGAAUCUACACAUGCGAAGUUGCAAACAAUUUUGGGGCAAUUAGUUACAAUGGGAAUGUGAUAGUGGGUAAACCACAGAAGCCAUCACAAACAAUUCAGACUGCACAAACACCAGGUACAGAAAUGGUCUCUGAGAAAGAGGUUUUGCCAACAAUUAACACUGAAGAGGAGUCAUUGAGACUCGCCUAUGACCUACCGGCAGAUGACACCUACAGCAAGAUCCAGGAGAAAAGGAGAAGUCUAAUUUCAGUCAGCUCUAUAUCCUGUUACUCAGAUUAUGACACAGCCCCAGAUGUUGAGACAGAAUACCAAUCUAGAGGAGGUAAAGAGGCAGGGAAGUCAAAAACUGAGGCUUCUACUACUCAGACUUGUGAAGAAGAAAAAAUAAUUAGUGUACAAUCCCCAAAGAAUACAGACCAGCUAAAAGUGAAAGGUGGCGAUUCACAGAGCCAGACACCCUCACCCAAACGCAUGCAUUCCUACAAGUCCUCUGCAAAUGCUGAGUCGUUCUCUGAGUCAGAUGGAGAUGAUGAUAGAGGAGAGACCUUUGAUAUUUAUGUAGCCAAAAGUGAUUGUCAGCCUCUGGGAGGAAACAAAGAGGCUUUUGUACUAAAGGAAGGCCAGUUUGUGGAGGUCCUGGACUCAGCCCAUCCUGUGAGGUGGCUUGUCCGUACAAAGCCAACCAAGAUCACACCAUCCCGUCAAGGCUGGGUAUCCCCUGCGUACCUAGAAAAGAAGACAAGGGAAAUAUUUUCAUUGGCCCAUGAAGCAGAGACAAAAGAAUCCGCUGAGAAAGGCAAAACAGUUUUUACAAAGGAUGAGCACAGUUUGAUCCAAAGUCGCUUGAUCAAGGGACUCCUUGAUGGUGAGAAUAAUUUUGUGCGCGAGAUGAACUUCUUUGUGGAGCACCAUUUACAAUACUUAGAGACAAGCUCUCAAGUUCCUCUCACCAUCCUAAGUCAAAAAGAGUACAUAUUCCGCAAUAUCAGAGAUAUUGCAAGUUUCUUCAUUACAGGCCUGCCCCAAGCCGAGGCUUGCAUCUCAGACAAAAACACACAGCAUUUCUUCAAGCAAUAUGCAAACACAGAGUUGGCACAUUUGGAUACCCAGGUCUUCAGCGUUAGCACGUAUUUGCAGAGACCCAUGGAGAGAAUUCAAACAUACAAAAAUGUACUUAAGGAGUUGAUCAGGAACAAAGCAAAAAGCGGACAGAACUGUUGCCUGCUGGAGGAUGCCUUUGCCAUUGUUUCCAGCUUGCCUUGGCGUGCAGAGAACUUGCACCAUCUGUCCAUGAUUGAGAAUUACCCUGCACCUCUCAAGGGACUUGGAGAACCCACUAGACAGGGCCAUUUUACAGUAUGGGAGGAAAUUCCUGAGGUCAAAAUCUCUCAAAGAGGACAUCACCGCCACGUCUUUCUCUUCAAAGAUUGUGUUGUCUUCUGCAAGCCGAAGAGAGAACUUGGCACAUACACUGAGGCCUACAUAUUCAAGAAUAAGAUGAAGCUGAGUGAUAUUGAUGUAAAGGAUACAGUGGAAGGAGAUGACAGGUCAUUUGGUCUUUGGCACGAGCACCGGGGAAUGGUGAGAAAAAUCAUUCUGCAAGCUCGAUCCAUCCUCUUCCGCCUCUCCUGGCUCAAAGAUCUGAGAGACCUUCAGCAGCGCAGCAAACAGCCCACUUGGACUGUCCCAUGCUUUGAGCAGCAUCUUACUGACUAUCCAGCAAAGCUUGGACAAACUGUAAAACUGGUCUGCAAAGUCACUGGCACACCAAAACCAGUAAUAAAGUGGUAUAAAGAUGGUCAUGCUGUGAAAGAAGACGAGCAUCACAUUACAUCAGAAGGACAGUUAGGUGCUUGUUAUCUUGUACUGACUUGUGUCAUAGAGGCGGACUCUGGUCAAUACAUGUGUUAUGCAACCAAUCAUGCAGGGAAUGCAAGCACUCUGGCUAAUAUCAUGAUUGAUGUGCCUCCAAGUUUUACAACCAGAUUACAGAACUCAGUGCUUGUAAAGGGACAAGAUGUGCAGUUCAGGUGCUCCACACAAUCUGAUCCUUUACCAUCAAUAAGGUGGUUUAAGGAUGGCAUUCAGCUUGAGGAUAACAGGAAACACCAGAUUCAAUCUGAUGUCCAAACAGGAAUUCUCACUCUCACUAUAAAGAGAGCUGAAGAGGCAGAUCUAGGUCAAUACCAGUGUGAGCUACAGAAUGAAGUGGGCAGUGCCAAGUGUAAAGCUGAACUCUGCCCUCCAGCACCAUUACCUGUGGCAGUCAGGACCCAAAAGCAAUCACAAACGACCCCAACUCCAGAGCCCCAGUCAGAAGGUUGGUCCAGUUCCUUUGUAAAGAACCUGUUUCAUAUACUCUUUCAGCCUGGAAACCCUGAACCACCUGCUGCUGGUGUUGAAGACACACAAACACUUAAAAAACAGGAUGACGUGGAGAGGCAAGUACAGGCGGCACAGGACGAGCCUGAUGAACACUUUUACUCAGACACAGAGGAGGAAUUUCUGACAGAGCCUCCAGCUGUGCAAGUUGCCAUUGAGGACCUGACAGUCCGGCCUGGUCAGCCUGCAACAUUCUCCGCCAUUAUUACUGGCCAGCCCACCCCAGAUAUUCAGUGGUUUAAGGAUGACAAGGAAAUCUUAUCCAAUGACUACACAGAAAUAUUUCAAAGUAGUGCACGUUGCUCUCUCACUUUGCUAAAUACUCAAAUAGAGGAUUGUGGCACCUACACCUGCAUAGCUAUUAACAGUGCAGGACAAGCAUCUUGCCUCGGCAAACUCAGUGUUGACACAGGUCCAGAUGACAUUGAGGAAGAGAGAGAAGUGGAGUUUGGAAAAAGACGGAAAUUACAUUCUGUAUAUGAUGUUCAUGAAGAGAUAGGGAGGGGCACUUUUGGAGUGGUUAAAAAAGUCACACACAAGGCGAGUGGUGAAUGUUUUGCUGCUAAGUUCCUUCCACUCAGAAGCAGCACACGGACCAGAGCGUUCCAGGAGAGAGACCUACUGUCCCGUCUAGCUCACCGCAGACUAGCAUGCCUCUUGGACUUUUUCGCUACAAGACGCACACUGGUGUUGGUUGUAGAAUUAUGUUCUACACAGGGGUUACUAGAUCAUUUGUUUUUAAAGGGAUCGGUUUCAGAGAGGGAGGUCCAGUUAUAUAUUCAGCAGGUUCUGGAGGGCAUUGGAUACAUACAUAGUAUGAACAUCUUACAUCUGGAUAUCAAAACAGACAAUAUCCUAAUGGUGUCCCCUGCGAGAGAAGAAAUCCAAAUCUGUGAUUUUGGCUUCUGCCAGGAAAUUGACAACUCCAGACACCAGUACAGCAAGUUUGGGACACCUGAAUUUGUUGCACCAGAAAUUGUCCACCAAGAACCUGUGACAGUAGCCACUGAUAUCUGGUCUCUUGGUGUGGUUACUUACCUAUGCUUAACAUGCCACUGUCCUUUCUUCGGGGAGAAUGACCGUUCCACACUGAUGAAGGUCGCUGAGGGUGUGCUGUACUGGUACACACCUGAGAUCACAAACAGAAGUGUGGAGGCACAGGACUUCCUACAUAGGGUUCUACAGCCAGACCCAGAAGUGAGACCCUCUGCAUCUGAGUGUUUGAGUCAUGAGUGGUUUCAGGGUUAUUAUGAAGAUGAAGAACCUGAGGGCAUAAAUACCAAAAAUCUAAAAUCUUUUAUUUCAAGAAGAAAAUGGCAGCGUUCCUUGACAUGUCUCGGCUCGGUUCUGACUUUGAGACCAAUCCCAGAGUUGUUGGAGGCUCCUCUGCGUGACGUUUCGAUUACAGCUACAAGGGAAACCCAGGAGCUCAGCAGCACCUCCCUAAGUAGUGGAUCCUCCUCAGAGUUUGAUGAAGCAGAUGCUUGGGACUUCUUCCAACAGGUGAGCCAGGAGAAUGAAGAUGAUCUGGAAGAAGAGGAAGAAUAUGACCCAUACACUCAUGUGUCAAAGACGCCCACAGUUUUAAAACGGGAUGAAGAAGAUGUGCUUAUUGCUGAGGACCGCAUUCACAGUGGCCUGCUGGUGAUUUCCACGUCCACACCAUCAACAGAGCCAGUCAGUUUGGAGAGGAGGGACAGUAGCCCCUAUCUUCACCUCUCUGAGAGAGACGAAGGAUUGGAUCCCAUACCACGUCGUAUCCUCAUCAAGAGCACUUUUUAUUGCAGCUCCGAGCAGCUCUCACCCAUGUCUGCUCGUCACAUGACGCUUCGGGAUAAAAUCCAAGCUAAAAAGCAAGAGCGUGGCCGUAAACCCCUCCGUGCCAGCCUCUCCGGCAGGUUAAAUGAGCCCCUCAUAGAGUAUGUAGAAGAUUCCCCAGACUUAGAAGCUAAUCGUAACCAAAGAAGAGGAUCAAUGCAUUCAUCUAUCCUCAAGUCAAGCUCAUUUGAUAGUGGAGUGAGUGCUGCCCAUCCAAGCAUACACACCCAGAGAAGAAGCAGGUCAUUAGAUGUAUACACACAACGCUCUCCAACUUCAACUGACCCAACAGUGCAAGGAGAGGAUGAGCAUGAUGUUGAAGAAAGCCAGAAACCAGAUGUCACUGAUGAAGAAGAGGAAAAAACUGAAGAAGUCCAAGUGAGAAGGAAACUUUGCCGUCGCUCUGCGUUUUUGUCAAAGAAAGGCCCAUUAAUUGUGAGAAAGGUCAGAGCACAGGUUCAUGAGCCUGAAGAAGGACAUCAGCCAGCCUUGCAGAGUUCUUGUGAGGAUGACAACCAGUUGCAGGUCACGGAAACAGAGACAAGACAUUUAGGUGAUGAGGAGAGCGUGGAUGGCUCACAGCUUUCACUGGCAUGUUCGCUUGACCACAGUUCAGAAGCUUCUAGCAGGAUAGGCUCACAUGAAGAACUCUCCCACAGACACCACCAUGAUGAGAGCUUGAUCGCUGCAUCCUCUGGAAAAACAUCUCCAUGCUCUUUACUACAAGACUCUGAGGAUGAAGACAUGGAGAGGGUCCUGAGAUCUCUUUGCCAAGACCUCCCGCAAGCCCCGCCAAGACGGCGCACCAACAGUUCAAGCUCUGGACUAAAUGAGAUGCGCAAUAAGAGUGACGUCCUUCUGAGAAGAAGCUCCUCUGCGGUUCCUGUCCAGGCUGCAGUAGCAGGACGAGAAAGUAAAGAGUUACUUCAAAGACAUGCCUCAGCCCCGGCUCUUCAAGCCAAACCCCCUAGUGGGAAAUCUUCCAAGCCUGGAUUCAUGAAGAUCUUCCGUAAACAUUCGUGGGCUAGCCAUUCUUCUCCUCAACUAGAAGGCUCGGAAAAGAAACAAACAGAAGGAGCAUCCUCACAACCCAAGACCCCUCUUCUAACUCUGAGGAAGAAGAUGCGAGCUUCAGCCUCUAGCAUUACAAAACUGUUUACCCGACAAUCCAGCAAAGAGGAUGAAGAGAAGAAGAAAGGCGGACCAAUUGUGAAGAACUCCUCCCCCGUCACGCCAGAGAAAAUGACCACAGUAAUAGCCACCACCUCAUCCGAAAGUCCUCAGAAGAAGUCCAAAUUGUUCUCGCUGAAAGUGCCGAUAUUUAAGAAAACCAAAGAAAGUCCAGUCAAACCAUCCAGGCCAGAUGUCAUUCAGCUAGCAGGAGGAGGAGUGCUUGUGUUCUGGAAACUUGUGCCAUCAAAAGAACUUGUCACAUAUUGUAUUCAGUAUAGUGUAAAUGGUGUGGAGUGGAGAAUGUUGGCAGAGAAUGUUACAGACAGCUGUUUUACAGUAAAUGCCCUUCCGAGAGGACCGGGAUAUAUGUUCAGAGUGUCCCAUAACACCAAGACAGGGUUGGCACCUUUUAGUGACCCUUCACCACCAGCCUUUAUGGCCACACCUUAUGAAGACUCUCACAAUCCUCUCAUUAAAAUGGAAUCUAUUGGGUCAAAGGUCACUGUACCUGGAGGUCUUGGCACUGAGAAAUCUUACAGCUUCCUGUCUGAAAUCAACAGAGGCCGUUUCAGUGUGGUAAUGCAGUGUGAGGAUAGCCGCAGCUCUCAGAUGUUAGCCGCUAAGAUGACACUUUACAGACCAGAGCAGAGGCAGUUGGUUUUAAGGGAAUAUCAACUGCUUCGCCGACUGAACCACCCUCGAAUCGUCCAGCUGCAGACGGCCAUCCUCACUCCCAGCUUCCUGGUGCUUAUAGAGGAGCUAUGCUCAGGACGAGAGCUUCUUUAUAACCUUGCAGAAAGGAAUCUAUAUUCAGAAACACAGGUGACUGACCUACUAGAACAGAUUCUGAGUGCUGUGGAUUACCUGCACAGCAGACGCAUUGUACACCUGGAUUUAAAGUCGGACAACAUGCUUGUGACGGGCCGAAAUGUAGUGAAGAUUGUGGAUUUGGGCUCUGCUCAGCCCUUCACUCCAGGACAGGCACUAAACAUUGAACACAUCAAAGAAAUGACAGAUAAUAAAGGUUAUAUUGUCCUUCCUAAAGCUCCUGAAAUCUUAGAAGGACAAGGAGUUGGACCUGAAACUGAUAUCUGGGCUGUUGGCGUUUUGGCUUUUAUAAUGUUGAGUGCAGACAGUCCCUUCCAUGCUGAUAUAACUUGGGAGAGGGAUCGAAACAUCAAAAAAGGCAAGAUCCAGUUUAAUCGUUGUUACCCAGGUCUCUCAGAGGGAGCCAUCAACUUUAUGAAGAACACCCUGAGCAACAAAGCCUGGGCAAGACCUACAGCUGCAGAGUGCCUCCAAAACCCCUGGAUACAAGGAGACCGUCCUCCCUCCAAACACACUGACUCUGUGGUCUGCUAUUCAACAGACAAGCUGCAGGCCUAUCUCAGGGAACGAGAGGUCAAGCGAGACCACAUCCGCACAAAAAUUAAUCUGCCCUUCCCAUAAUUCAAGGGACAGAACAUAUUUGGAGGCUGAAAGUGUUGUGUGAAACUGUGAAAUGCUUUUUGUAGUUUUUCUCCCACAAGGAAAGAUUAUGAUGAAAAGCUUUAGCUGUAAUGAUAAUCAAUUAUAUUUCUUUAGAUAUAACAUUUUUCAACACAUGUAAUCAGGCAAUCUGCACGACAUGGCUUCAGUUAUUGCUUUGUAAUCUUUCAAAAAUGACAUUACUUACAUAAACACUGUUUUACAGUAGUGUAAAUAAAUGUCAUUUAUAUAGAUCAGUGGUAAUAGGGCUUUUGGUAUGCAUAUCUAUAUCUAGUGAAUGUAAGAUGUAGAACAGGUUAUCACUUUUCACUGUUAUCACUAUUGAACAGGUUAUCACUGCAUUAUAUUACUUGCAUUUUUGGCACUGCUCUAUCAGGGACAAUUUUAUAGUAUGAUUUACAUGAUGUGGUUAAAUGCAGUAUUUUAUUCAUCAAUUAUAUUUUUCUCAUUUUAAUGCUAAUUUUACUUAAUGUAUAAGGAUUUGAUUGAUUUUGAAUUUUACUUAA